CAACAACAGUAACAACUCACUCUCUUAAGUUUCCUCAAUUCCUCUCCCAUUUAUAACUUCCCACAUUUUCAUUUCCCCCACUCACUUCCAUUUUUCACCUUCUUCUUCUUCUUCUUCCUCCUCCAUUUUCUCUCUCCUCAAAACUUCAUCAAUGGCGGCCGUUGAACCCCCUCCACCACCAAACCCAACACCCGAACCCAACAUGAACCUUCGCGAAGACCACCUCAACCCCACUCCUCUCUACACUCGCAUCCGUCUCGCCACCCCUUCCGACGUCCCUUUCAUCCACAAACUCAUCCAUCAAAUGGCCGUCUUCGAGAAACUCGCCCACCAUUGUCAAGCCACUGAAUCUUCUCUCUCCUCCACCCUCUUCAACUCCCCUCCUUUCCAAUCCUUCACCGUCUUCCUUCUCGAAGUUUCCUCCACUCCUCUCUCUCUUCACCACCCUCCUACUCUCACUCUCUUCCAACCCAUUCACAAAACCUUCCAAAUCCCACCUUCUAACCCUGUUUCCGACUCUGAAGAGCUUCUGUUUCGCACCAGUGAAGGCGCUACCAUUGCUGGGUUCGUCCUCUUCUUCCCGAACUACUCGACGUUUCUCGCCAUACCCGGGUUUUAUAUCGAGGAUGUGUUCGUCAGAGAGUGUUACAGAAGAAGGGGUUUGGGUGGGUUGUUGAUGAAGGCGGUUGCGAAUCAGGCGGUGAAGUUAGGGUAUGGAAGAGUUGAAUGGUGUGUUCUUGAUUGGAAUGUUAAUGCGAUUAGUUUUUAUAAGAAGAUUGGUGCUGAUGUUAUGCAGGAAUGGCGGAUUUGUCGACUUGCUGGCGACUCUCUACUUUCUUAUGGUCAGCCUAAUUACUGAUAAUAAUGAAUUAAUGAUGAUGCUAUAUUAUCGAAGUAUAUGCUAAUCAAAGUUCAAUGUUGAUCGGAUUUCAUAAUUGCAAACUUUUGUUUUGAUUUGGGUUGUAAUUUGAUGUAUCUGUUCUAACUCAGUCAGGUUGGAAAAGUUGUAGUUAUCUGAGAUUGAAUUGAAUGUUUUUAAUUCUGGGUUAUUGCUGAAAGAUUUUUCAUGUGUUGCUUGCUGGUAA